UACUAAACGGGGUUGUUUUCCUCCACACGCACACGGUGAUUCAAAUCCUAACGCCUGCUUUAACAACCUACUGCGCACCAGCGCCUGAGUAAAAACAAGCAGCUUGUGUUUCGAUCUGAUAAGUAAAGUGAACCUCUGACUCUGCCAGCAUGCCUCUGCUGUUUCUGGAGAGGUUCCCUUGGCCCAGUUUGCAGACUUACACUGCACUGAGCGCUGUGCUGCUGGCAGGAUCGCUUCUCAGUGCCUAUACAGCUGUGACAGAAAGUGAAGGAGCGCCAUCAGGGUCUUCAGAUCAGGCUUCAGAAGAAACUCCCAGCACUUCCAUAGACGAUGUUAAAGUGGUGCAAGCUGACAACCUUGGAAAUGUGGCCGCCAGUAUGUUGUUCUAUCUGAUCUCAGACAGCCUGUUUGUCUGGGUUCUGGUCAAUACAGCAUGUUGUGUCCUGAUGCUGAUUGCCAAGGUCAUCCAGUGCAUAGUUUUUGGUCCACUGAGGGUCAGCGAGAAGCAACAUUUAAAGGACAAGUUUUGGAACUUCAUCUUCUAUAAGUUCAUAUUUAUAUUCGGAGUGCUGAAUGUGCAGACAGUGGAGGAGGUGGUGCUGUGGUGUUUGUGGUUUGCUGUCCUCAUCUUUCUCCACCUCAUGGUGCAGCUCUCUAAAGAUCGAUUUGAAUAUCUGUCAUUCUCCCCAACCACCCCCAUGAGCAGCCAUGUGCGAGUUCUGUCCUUGCUAGUGUUCAUGCUGGUGUGCUGUGGAGGUCUGGCUGCACUCUGUGGUCUGGUUGAUCAUCUCCAUGGGAUGCAUACUAUUGCAUUUAUGGCAGCUGAGUGUUUACUUGUCACAGUGCGCACUGGGCAUGUUAUCAUAAGGUACUCUAUUCACUUGUGGGACCUGAAUUACGAGGGUACCUGGGAGAGCAAAGGCACUUAUGUCUACUACACUGACUUUGUUAUGGACCUUGCCCUUCUCUGCCUUGAUCUAAUGCAUCACAUUCACAUGCUGCUUUUUGGAAAUAUUUGGCUGUCCAUGGCCAGCCUAGUGAUAUUUAUGCAGCUUCGUUACCUCUUCCAUGAGGUACAAAGGAGAAUCCGCCGCCACAAAAACUACUUGCGUGUCAUUGACAACAUGGAGUCCAGGUUUUCAGUAGCCACCCCUGAGGAGCUGGUUGCCAAUAAUGAUGAUUGCGCAAUCUGCUGGGAUUCGAUGACUUCAGCACGGAAGCUGCCCUGUGGACACCUCUUUCACAAUUCAUGUCUACGCUCAUGGCUGGAACAGGACACGUCCUGCCCAACGUGCCGGAUGUCGCUUAAUAUUAAUGAGGGUGGCAGAGAGCGGGAAGAGGGCCAGAGGGCACCAAUUGAUGACAACAUGGCUCCAGGCCCUGGAAAUGAUGCUCGACCUCAAUUCAACCAGCAUAACCACUUCUUUCACUUUGAUGGUUCACGAAUUGCUAGCUGGCUUCCAAGUUUCUCUGUAGAAGUAAUGCACACAACCAACAUCCUGGGCAUCGCACAUGCCAAUAACUCUCAGCUCAAUGCCAUGGCCCACCAGAUCCAGGAGAUGUUCCCCCAAGUUCCCUACCACCUGGUGCUGCAGGAUUUGCAGCUCACCCGUUCUGUGGAGGUCACCACUGACAAUAUUCUGGAGGGCAGGAUCCAGGUGCCCUUUCCUGCCCAGCCCCUGGAACGUGCACCCAUCCAGGCAAAUUUAGUGCCAGAGGAGUCUGCAGGGGCCAGUGGGGGUCCAGAGCUCCCCAAUACGGAGACAGAGGACCUUGAGAUGCGCGGCAGCCGCUUCUCCAAAUCUGCGGAUGAGAGGCAGAGGAUGCUGCAUCAGAGGAAAGAAGAGUUGCUACAAAGAGCACGCAGGCGCUAUCUGAACAAAAACAAUGGAGCAUCUUCCUUCACUUCUGUUGCACCAGAGAAAGAUGAAGAUGACUACCCUGAAGACAACGACGACGAUGAUGAUAAUGCUCCGUCCUCUCUGAAAGUUGAAGGUUCCAACUCUGACUUGGUAACCUUGCGCCGCAGGGUAUUGGCAGAUGCAGCUGAGCGGCGCUUGCAGAGGCAGCCUGACUCAUCCAUCUGAGAGGAUUCUGCUCCUUUUCCACUUUUCCAUUGCUGUAUGUGACGAAGGAGAAGUAACUCCUGGUCACUUUCAUCUCAAGUGAAGCAAAAACCUGCAUGACACUCACCUGUGCUGUGAUACAGCCGUGCCCAACACAUAGCUCGAGCAGCCCUGCUGUAUCUUACAUAGGUGCCAGUGUUCAUCCACUCUGUCUUAAGCCUUUUCAAUUGCACACUGUUCAUAUGACACACCAGUUAGGCUGUGCUCUAUGGAAAAUUGUCUAUGCAUGUGUCACUUUUAAUGUAUAAAAUGUUUAGUUCCUAAAGAGGUUAGGUUUGUUAAAACAAUUAUGGGCUUGCCUGAAUAGCUAUAAAAAGCGAACCUGCUUGGCUAAAGGGAAGAGUAACAAAGCAGAAGUCCAGUUCUUUCUAGUUUUGUACAGAUCUAAAAUGGGCUGGAUCUGAAUUUCGAAGUGGAGGUGACACGAAUAUAGUUUAUCGUAGGUCCUUUCAGGACCCUAGCAAUGUUUGCAUUACACUGUAUACAUUUUAGUUUGGAAAUAGUGCUUUUGUUUCUUGCAUAUAGGCUGUUCUGUUAAAAAGUCUAAUUUAUAGACUUGUCGGGGUUUUAUAAUUUGACCUUGAAUUUAAUUUGCUAAGACUUUUGUUAGGAUUGAGCUAAGGGAAAUGACCAGGUUUGUAGGCCGCAUACAGAAGUGGAAAAAUCAGAGAGAAACUUUUUUUUUUUUUUUACUUGGGGGUACAGAUAAAUUUGAAGCUGCCGUAUAUAAAUUUGAAUUGAAUUGAAUUUAAAAAACUCUCUAACGUAUGUUAAUUAAUCCAGUUGCAAGUAUCCAGUAAGUACAGAUUUGAGUUCAAGGUUAUUGUAGCAAGCCAUGAUGACGCAAUAUGUAAACUAUUUAUACUUUUUAAGGCCAUUACUAAAAAUGUCACAUUUUAUUUACUUUUCCUUCAUCUCAUCUUGCAGAAUGUUAACUGUGAAUGAUAGUGCUGAUAGUGAUUUUUAUACAAUCAAAGUAAAAUAUGGUAAGAUGAUGAUCAGGGAAUUGGGAGACAUGUAUUAGGGUGAGAAAGAUUAAAAGCAAUAUCACCUUUAGAGAUUCUGUUCUGGCAUGUUCUUUCUGUGGCCAUAUAGGUUUCAGUUAUGAAAUCCGAUUUCUUUCCAACUUCCAGAACAUGUCGAAGAAAAAUAACAUGCCCUUAAUUGGCACUAGGUUUAAAUCGUUGAGUAACUGACUGUCUGUUGAUUUAGGACUCUAUUUAAUGUGUAUUUCUGCCUUGUGUGACACCAGCCCCACCACGACUCAGUCUAAGCUGUUAAGUAUACUUGAACAAUACUUCUUUCUAAAAUCAGUUAUUGCUGCACACCUUUCCUUUAUAUGGGUUGAUUUAAGGAUUGCUACCCAAAACACAUUUAAUGAUAAUUUAUAUAGUACGGAAGAACAUGGCAUCAAUCUGUGAUGACUUUUGAACUGAGUCUGAAAUUAUCGUGCUAUAUACAGCCGAUUCAGACUAUCCCAAGCAACUUGUAGAAUAACAAUGUCAAUUAUAUACUUAUUCCUUAAAAUACAAUUCAGUCAUUUAAUAUUAUGUUUACAUUUGGGAGAUCGAGGAAAAAAGUCUAAAUACAAUCUGAAUAGAGCCAUCUUUAAAAUUAGUCACCAAGAGAAAAAUGUGUGAAUGUUAGAGCUUAUUUUGGAUACAAGGUGUAUUUAAAAUCCUUUGUGGAUGCUCUCCUGCUGAUAUGGACAUUGAUGUUUAAAAUCUUGGUGUUUUCCAUCUUCAAGGAUAUAGGCUAAAUUCAGCCCAGACAUGUCCGCAGUUUGUUAGUUAGCUAGGAUUGGUUAAAGUACUGUUACUGUAAAGUGUGUCACCAAAUGUAACAUAAUUACAAAAUGCUUACCCAAAUCAAUAGACAGCAAGGUUUCAUUUGGCAAGAAACACAGAAAUGCUGGUAUGUCCCAUAUCAGCCAACUUUGUCAUUUUUUUCUGCUUGGCAAAUGUGACUAGUAGUCCCAUUAACCUUGGCUACUGAUUUGGCCACUCCUGAAGUAUCUAUUACAAUGUGUCUGCACAAGUACAACAUCCACGUGUUUGUAAGAGAUUUACCUACUUAAGCUUACAGGUCAUGACCUAUUUGCUUCUAACAUGGUUUCUUUAUCAUUUUUGCCUGUAGCGUUUCCUGCUUAGACUUUGCCAGUGGUCUGAUUUUAGUCCACAUUUAGAGAUGUUAAAUAUGACGCUGGAAGCCAGCUCACUGCCUUAACUAUGUGUGCUCAGCGUUUAACUUUAAAACACUUUUUGUCUCUGAUCUUUCGCUAAUAAUUUCUUGUCUGGUUUUGCUAUUGUAUUUAAUUUGUUUGUAAUGUAACUUUUUAGUUCUGUAGAUGUCAAAUAGAAGUGAAUGUUACUGUGCUACAUUUGUUUGUACAUUUAAUAAGAAACGGUAAGAAGUUUAUAGUUGAUCAGGGUAUUGGGUAUGUAUUAAGAUAUGACAUAUGCUGUAUUGUAAUUUUAUGUUUUGAUUCUACUUAUCAUUUGCAUAAUAUUUGACAAAGUUCUAGUUUAACAUGAAUGCUAUAAAACAUGUUAAUAGAUCAGAUCAUAGGUUAACUUAUUUUUACCGCUUGGUUUAAACAGUGUCUUCUAAAUGGAUCUCAGUAAAGGAAACCACAGUGUGCAUUGUGUAAUAUAAAUCCAAAAGCUUUCUGACUGGCUUUUACAUUUACAUCAUAAGGCCAAAAGUAUGUGGACACCACAUAAUUAUUGAGUUCACAUGCUAGGUGUUAGUCACAUUGCAUUGCUAACAAGUAUGUAAAAUCAAUUAUAUGAAAUAAAUGAUGUGGUUCUAUCUUGGCGGCAGCAAUUUCAGCAUGUUUUCUUGUGCACAAAGCGAGAUCCAUAAAGACAUGGUUUGACCAGCAAUUCCAGUGGCCUACACGAAGCCCUGGUUCGAUAUGCUAUUAAAAAUGUGUGUGAUGAAUUGGAAUGUUGAUUGCGAGCCAGGCCAUCUUGUCCAACAUUAGUGUCAGACCUCACAAAUGCAACUGAAUGGGCAGAAAAAGACUGUUGUUGUUGGGUUUGAUGUGUGUACAAAUAAGUAUUCUAUCUUCUGGAGAAGGAAAUGUUGCAAUUUGGCUUUAAGGCUCAUUAUUUUUGACUUAGAAGAUUGGAGGUGUACCGAGAACUGUUGUCUAUAUAGUAGAAUGCUGUCACUUGUGUUACACUGUGAACCUUUUUAUUUAAACUUGCUGAUUUCAUUUGGCUGCCACUUUACACAUUUUCUUUCUUAGCUGCCUCUAUGCAUGUAGUCACUGCUUGUGAUACGCAUGUUUAUUGCCUAAACAAGUAUUUCCAAAGACUGCAGCGCUGGUCAUUUUUUGCUUGAGAUUGGGGAUUGCUGUAUAUGUUUCUCCUAAGAAGUAAUAAAGCUCAUUCUCAGAGCUCUUUGCUGUUGUUGCACAGCUUUACUUUUAAUCAGUAUUUCUGUAACUGAACUCAUCACAUCGGAUUCAUCACUUCAUCUACAUUAACAAAUGUGAUUUGUUUCUUACUUAAUCUUAUGUACUAAAUCCAAAUAGUUUUGUAAACGUGAUUCCUCUGAGAUUGUGCCUAAAGUUACCAGUGGUUCAAAGAUUGUUUAAACUGUAAAUAAUUUUGUAAUGACAAAUUGUAUAAUAAAUGUGAAAUGACCCUGUAUAAUGUAAACUUCAGAGCAACUGUAGAGGCUUUUAAUUAAAUCUUUUGUACUGUG